AUUUGUAUCGAUGUCAACGAAUUUGUUCAAUUUUCCGAAUCAGCUGAUUUCUCCGAUAUUUGUUUUGCUAAAAUGUCUCAGGAAAAUCGAAUUAUUAAAAUUAUUUAUUAAAAAAUAUGACUAGUGACAAUGGAAAAAGAUACGUUUGCGUCAGCUGCGGGAAUCCGGCACGAGAAUUGAUCAAAAAAUACAGUAAUACUGUUAAGCCUACUCACUGUGACAAAUGCAAGCAGAUAACUGAUAAAUAUAUAGAGGUUGAAGAAUUCAUAAUCCUUAUAGAUGCACUUCUUUUGGUUUCCGCUGCCUUCCGACACAUGAUAUAUAAUGGAGACUUUAAGCUAUAUUGGAAGAUUACACUUGUUGUCCUGCUCUUGGAAUCGUUUGCGUUGUGUAGACAAAACACAGGAGAUGGAUCAAGUACUGCCCUAUAUGAAAAAGGGUUUUACAUGUGCACGCUACAAAACAUUGGAGAAUAUCUUUUGAUUGCGCUUCUCUUGAUUUUAAUUACCGCAAUUUUUAAUAUGCGUCAGCUGAUCAAAGUUGGUCUACCGUCAGUAACAUUAAUUAUUCUUAAAGUGGUGGCAAUUUCUAAUUUCUCAAAGUUCUUUCUCCUGCCUAUAUUGGUCUGGAGAAGUAACACAACUGAUUUUGGACGUAACCUGCACUAUAUGUUGGUCACUGGUCAUCACCUUUGCUCCUUAAUAAUGGCUUACAGUGUAGUCGGUAUCAGCAACAGACAUCUCCACUGGCUUACCAUAAUAUUGGUAAUUUGUGCAUUUGCUAUUAAGGAGUACGUUAGGUAUUUAGCAGCAUUUAAGAUGGAGAUGCAUAUAUCUUAAUAAUAAUACUAUUUUAAUUUUAAUAACAAAAA